ACAUGUUAACUCCAUGGUAUCCAGCCACACCGGUUAGUAGCAGAGCCAGCUCACCCAGACCAACUCAUCGAUCCUCUUUCAAUAUAAUCCCCGAGAAUGCUGACAACAUCAACGAUACUGCUCCAGAUGAGGGACGGCAACAGAGAGCAAAUAGCCGGUCUUUCCUGGGAAGGUUGAUACAUCGUAAGAGCCGGACCGGUACCUCGUCUUCAUACGGCAGCACAUCAACCAUAGAUCAAGCAGUAGACACAGAGAUAUGUAUAGAAGUUCCCCAAGACAGAACUCCUCCCAAAAUUCUGGAAAACGGAGCUGAACUGGACAGCUCCAACACAAAUCAGGACAAAGGUUUGCAGGAUGAGGCAGACAAAAGUUACCAGGACAACAAAGAUGAUGGAGACGACAACGUGUUCUUAGAUGUUGAACCAAGACCAAGGCUGGCAAGUGCAGAGAGUAGCUGUAGCGAAUACGAGGCACCUGCUGAUGGGGACAAUCAAUUACCAAAGAAAGAAAGAAGUACAACAUUAGUAUACAAACCACCGGUAGAAGAUAAGGAAGUACAGACCGAACAUGUGGAUUACAUGUACGCAGACAGUCGCAGUAUGCCUUGUGAGUACUGUAGACAUCGUUGUCUAUGCUACAGGAUUGAUCCCUAUGACUCUAAUUCCUCAACGCAAUCACUUAAAUUGAAUGCUGAAGAGAAGAGUAAACGCAGGCGGAAGCGGUGGUCACCACUGAUCAGAAAGCGACAGCUUUUAAUGAAACAAGCCAUCGCUAAUCAACCACCAACAAGAGUAGGUCAUUAUGAACACGGGUAUCAGUCCACUCCGAUACGCCCACGUCCAUCAGGAAUGCUGGCGCAGAUAACUGAUACCACAUCUCAAUCACAACCACCAUCCCCUAAGAGGUGGCAUAUGCAGUACCGUCAAAACAGACGACGACGACGAACGUUCUCGGAGGACAGGGUUGACGAAAUGAAUUCUGCUGCCGGCCCUCACUGUGGCAACACCAACAGCGAUCCCAGUCUUUGCCCACAGAAAUCGACAUUUGCCCUCGCAGAUGAAAACAGACAAUCUGAUCCUUUGAGACACGCAAGACUCUAUAAUUUGUGUCUUCAGAAGGCCAAGAUGCCUCUGGUCAAGAGCUCAUCUUACAGCCCGACUGUCCCACUCAGACGUCAAACAUGGUCGGAGAAAAGUCGUCCUAAUGGUCCUUCUUGUGAAGGACCGAAGAAGACCAAAGGUUUUCUGUACAUGUUACGUAACCUACGAAGCUCAUGUAGUGAAACGGACAUCUCCAUGGAGCACAGACCAUCAGUCGACAGUAAUGGCUAUGUGGAUCCAUUCUACAUCACCAGACACUUCAACCGACUCAAUUUGAAAAGGUUGUCCCUAUCACAUCCUAACCUCAACACUGGCUUCAAAGGGAGCACUACUCCUCCUAGUAGCUUGAAAGGGAAAGUCACAGCGGCUGUUGGGAGACUUGAAAGAGCAUUAACAGGGAGGGCAUCAUUUGGUCGAACCUACUCCCUAGAGUCACAACAAUCAACAAGUAACGGAUGGAACAGUGACCUACCAGGGAGUCCAACUGACUCGGAUGCUGCUGCCUACUCAUAUGGCAAACAUUAUCGCCGCGAUUCAAACACUGAAAAUGGCUACAUGACUUUUGACCCGGAACUGAAUCCUCCAAUGCGGCGACCCCGACCUCUGCUGUCUAGUUCCUGCUCCUCCGCUCCAUCUAGUCCGGGGUUUCAAGAAGGGUUAAGCAUGGGUUUUGAUGACGUCACAAGCAAUACGGGCAACGAAGAAGAAUGCAUCUACGAGAGUCUUGAUAAUUAUUCUCCGAAGCGACGAGCAAGUACGUUGAAGAGUUUACCGUCUUCAGAUGGUGAAGCACCCCCUGAGGUACCUCCCAGACCGCCAGCUCAUCGUCUGAGACACAGACAGCGCAUGCUCAGAAGACAGAUGCCUCUGCCACCGAUCCCAAACGCUCACAGUACUACAGACUUAGGGGAACGAUCGCAAGUGCCAAUUACGACUACCAGUUCAGCUGGUAACAUCCACACUGCCAUGCAUUCGCUCUAUAAAACCACUGGCUCUCGACACAAUUUCAUCUCCGGACAGAGCUCGUCUUGCAGCACACUCCCCUCUUUUCGAAUGGAUUCGUCGGAAGAAGAUUCUGUUUUUGAAGCACAGGUGGAAAACGCAUCUCUCAGUAAAACACUGAAGGGAAGAACCAUUGGAGACACGGGGCUGGGUAAAUUAAAGGGUGAAGAAUAUACCGACGCAAAUUGCAACCAUGACAAUCUUACAGAUACAUGCGUGUCUGGGAAAAAUUGCAAUAGUCACCGUGCAAACGAUUUAGAAAUCGGAGCUUCAAGUACAAUCAACGGUAAUUAGACACAAAAGAUAAUCUCAUCAAAGUUUCGUUCCUCAAUUGCCGUGUUUCAUUAUUUUCUCCUCACGAACAGACCUGAGAAAUACGUCAUGAGCAUUAUUGUUUACAUGUGUGCUUUCUUUAAUAUUAGAGCCCGAUGGGAUGAGGGGACGUUCAUCAUCACCUCGUGGUUCCCUUAAGAAAGCGCGUCUAAACAAAGUGUGAUAACAUUACAUCUCAGAGCACCCAUAGCGCUAUAUUAAAUUAAUAUAGCUCUAUGGGGCAUCCACUGUAUAUUUAGCUACCACAGUGAAUUUUAUGCUCCACAUAAAAAUGGCCAAAUUUCAGUAAAUGCGACAUAUAAAAAUUAUUUAAAAAAAUACAAUUGAACGAAACUGGGAGGCUUUUUGAGCUAUUUUAAACAUUCUUUUAACAGUUUAACUAAAAACUCAUUGUGAGUGUGUAUUAGUUUUGAUGUUCUAUACCUAUGUUGUAUUAUAAUAAUAGUAAAGCUCGUUAUCUGCAUUCUAUGGACCAAUGGGUCACGUAAAACUAUGCUGCGAAUUUCCACUGCCAGUGCUGUACUUUUACAAUCUGUGUGUCAGUGAUAUGUUACACACUUAAAGGUAAUAGACAUAAUUUGCUUUUGCUGUAAUUUUCAAAAAUGGAUGGAUUCUGGGGUUGGAAUGUCAUAGAAGACCUGUUUAAAGUUUUGUGUUCAUUAGAUGCUGAAAAAAACAAAGAGGACCAAAAAAUGUUAUUCUUGUUGUCUGGUUCCCGACCGUACUUCAGACGAAGUAGGGUCAGGAGCAAGUUACAGACGUCGGGGAAUUGUCAGGUCAGGGAAUCAGACUAGCUGUCUUUCAUCCGGGCACGGAUGUGUAACCGUUUUGCCAAAAAAUGGGGACUAACUAAAAUUGGGGGAGGUAGUGGAAAAGAGUCAAAGAAAGUUCUUUCCAACAAUUGAUCAUCGUUGGAAAUUGAUACAAAAAGUCCACUUUUCUUGAAAAUGAAAUUACACCAGGUGCCAUGAUUUCACAGGAUGCUUGAAAAGUUCACUUACAGUCAAGUAAGGUAUUUAAUAAUAAUUUGGUUGUCUUGCCUUUUGAUGCUUUGCAAAUACCUUCAAGUUAUACAGGAAUAUAUUAUUCAUGUUACAAAAUAACCCUCAAUGUUAACCUGUUUCUGCACUCUUUGGAUUAAGGUCUACGAAAUGUAAAUAUGUUAUUUGAAUGCUUUUGAGUAUGACAUAUCUGUAUUGUUUGUAAUUUUGAAAGCAGGCGCAUGACGAAAAGGAUUUGAUGUCCUGAAAACUAAGUAUGUGUGUUUCGCUUCAAUCUGCAACUGGCAUCAGAUCUCCUUUAAAACUGAAGCAGGCUUUUUUUUAGUCCCUUUUUUAUGUCAAAACGCAUGCAUAAUUUGUAUUUCAUACGAAUAGUUUGUUGCUGUUGUCAAUGUGCAACAAUUCGUGAGCAAUGCACACGUGAGUGUAUGC